AUAAACCGCUAUCUAUCCUACUCUUCUUGCUGUUCAAACUGCUGUGAUUAUACUUCGAGUUCCCUAAAAAGUCUUUGAUACUACCACGUUGGCGGCCGUAGUGCAUCCGCGCAUCGCGAUGGCUGGAGACGACAAUGUCACGGUGGCCUCCAACGUCCUGGGCACCAUUGGGACGGUGCUCUGGUGCAUUCAACUAAUCCCGCAAAUCUGGUAUAAUUGGAAACAGAAGAAGACCGAUGGACUUCCACCCUUGAUGAUGUUUCUCUGGGCUGCUUGUGCGGUCCCCAUGGGAGCAUAUAUGAUACUGCAGGGAGUGAAUAUACCGCUACAGAUCCAGCCCCAGAUAUUCGGGUUCUUCUCUCUUGUGAGCUGGGGUCAGGUUCUGUAUUACGGCCAUGCAGCCGAUACAGUCGCCGCGCAGCGACGGCUGUGGUUGUCGGCGCUGCGGUCCUGUUUGAUCCCGUACGACAAGGGAGUCACCUGGCCCGACCUGAUCGUCGGCAUCGUGGCCGCCAUCCUGUUGGGACUGGGGCUCGUCCCGCCGUAUUUCGAGCUCUGGAAGCGAGAUGGCCGGGUGGUCGGAUUCAAUUGGGUCUUCCUGUCUAUCGACACCUUCGGAGGGCUGUUUUCCCUCUUUGCAUUGGCGGCGCAGGGUUCCUUCGAUGUUCUGGGAGGGAUCAUGUACAUUGUUGUCGUCGUCCUGGAAGGAGGGAUUUAUGCGAGCCACAUUGUUUGGCGGAUUCGAUAUCGCGCUGUGCGGAGGGAGGCGAAGGCCACGGGCAAGAGUAUUGAUGAGGUGCUUGCAGAACGGUCUCGGUGCUUGGGUGGUGCUUCUGAUCCGGGGAAUCUGAAGGGUCCUGUUGCUGGCUCGUCGGAGAGUCGAGAGAGUGGGUGUGAUGGAGAUGUGGUCCCUUGAUACUGACGGGUCUACGAAGUGUAUAUUGUGAGUGGUGUUCUCCACUUGGAUUUCUUUUGGGAAGAAAAGAAUAUAUGAUUGUUUUG